AUGAAAUUUGAGCAAGACGCUCGGCAGCGUACAGUGCUUGGUGGUCUUUUUUCAUUGCUGUCAUUACUCGUAAUCGCAGUACUUGUCGUUGGUGAGGUCCGUUAUUUCUUCUCUACUGUGGAGCAACAUGAAAUGUACGUUGACCCUAAACUUGGUGGUAUGAUGAGCAUUACAGUGAACCUCACAUUCCCGAGUGUGCCAUGUGAUCUUGUCACGGCAGACGCUAUUGACGCUUUUGGUGUUUUUGCAGAAGGAGUAGAACGUAACACCAUCAAGACACGCGUCGACGCAGUAACUCUAGAAAGUAUUACUCAAGCUAGACCCUUAGUGGAUGAAAAAAAGAAGAUCACAAAAGCCAUUGACCCUGAUGGGGCAGAGAAGGAAAACUGUCCGAGUUGUUACGGUGCAGAAAGAGACCCUGGUGAUUGUUGUCCUACAUGUGAUGAUGUUCGUCGCGCGUAUACUAUGCGUGGAUGGGCAUUUAAUAUUGAUGAUAUAAGCGUUGAACAGUGUGCGGAAGAGCGUCUUCGUCAGGCCGCACUUGUCACUGGUAAAGAGGGAUGUAAUGUUUACGCAAAGUUUGAUGUGGCUCGUGUUACAGGAAACAUACAUUUUAUUCCAGGACGUAUGUUUAAUGUAAUGGGACAUCAUUUACAUGAUUUUAAAGGGGAAACCGUACGUCGACUUAAUCUUAGUCAUAUUGUACAUACACUUAAUUUUGGUGAACGUUUUCCAGGGCAAAAUAAUCCACUUGAUGGAAUGUCCAAUAUACGUGGCGCUCGAAACCCGAAUGAAGCAGUAAAUGGUCGAUAUAGCUAUUUUGUAAAAGUUGUUCCCACACAGUAUCAGGUCAAUACAUUCUUUGGAAGCAGUGAUAUUGUGGAGUCUAAUCAGUACUCCGUCACUCAGCAUUUCACUGCCAGAGAGAAUAGUGAAGAGAAUGCAGAAAAGGCAGGAACAAGUCAGUCACUUGUACCAGGGAUAUUCAUUUCUUAUGAUUUAUCUCCUAUUAAAGUUUUUGUUCUUGAGACACGCCCAUAUUCAUCUGUUGUACAUCUUAUUUUGCAACUUUGUGCGGUUGGAGGUGGAGUAUUCACUGUAGCCGGUCUUGUGGACUCCUUCCUUUUCCACGGCAUUCGUCGUGUACAACGGAAAAUGAGAGAAGGUAAACAAUCUUGA